AGAGCCGGGGCCGCCAUGGCCCGCCGCCUCCUGGCGCUGCCCGCCGCCGGGCUGGGGCUGGGAUUGGGGCUGGGGCUGUGGCUGGGCGCGCGGCGCCGGGGCGUGGAGCCGCGGGCGGGGGUGUUGGUGGUGCCGGCGGUGGAGGCGGCGUCGCUGCCGGCCCCGGGCCGCGCCGAGCUGGCCAAGUACGGGCUGCCGGGGCUGGCGCAGCUGCGCAGCCGCGAGUCCUACGCGCUGGCCUACGACCCGCGCGGGCGCGGCGCGCUCUGGGUGCUGGAGCGCCUGGACUCCGAGGAGCUGCGGGGCCCGGCCGCCCGCGCCGCCUGCGCCUUCCGCGAGGACGAGGCGGUGCACGAGUACCACCGCGCCACCAACGCCGACUACCGCGGCAGCGGCUUCCAGCGCGGGCACCUGGCCGCCGCCGCCAACCACCGCCGCAGCCAGGCUGCCAUGGAGGACACCUUCUACCUCAGCAACGUGGCUCCCCAGGAUCCUCAUUUGAACCAAAAUGCCUGGAAUAACCUGGAAAAAUAUUGCCGGAGUUUAACCAAGUACAACAAGAAUGUGUAUGUCUGCACUGGCCCUCUCUUCCUGCCCAAGAUGGAGGCGGAUGGGAAGAUGUAUGUCAAAUACCAGGUGAUUGGAAAGAACCAUGUGGCAGUCCCUACUCACUUCUUCAAAGUGCUCAUCUUAGAGAAGCCCAGUGGGGAGAUAGAGCUGCGCUCCUAUGUGAUGCCCAACAGUCCUGUGGAUGAGAAGAUCCCACUUGAACGUUUUCUGGUUCCUGUCGAGAGCAUUGAGCGGGCAUCAGGGCUGUUGUUUGUACCAAACAUCUUGAAAAGAACAAGUACCUUAAAAACCAUUACAGCCGGAAGCAAGAGCUGAAGGCACCUGUGAAUCUGCUGUGAACCACUGUCUGCUGUUUGUCUGAGGUACUACUGGAAAGGAUUUAAUGUAACUAGCAGGCGUCUGUAUGAAUUCAAAUUUAUUCCCCCUUCCCAGGUAUUAAAAUGGUACUAGAAACUCACCAGUGGCCCAGAAUAACUGAUCUGCUGUUUCCAGGUUCCAGCAAAAUUAAAAUGCUGAAGAUUAGCAUGUGUGUGUGCUUGGCCCUUAGAAAUGGCUCCUGGAGCAUUUCCAGUAAAACUGCAGGGCAAAAUCUGCCAAACACCCAGAUACGUGGCUCUAUGGAAGCACGUAAACAACCUGCCUGCAAAACCUUCCAACUACUGACUCUCAAAAGACGAUGGUAGUGAGAAAUACUCCUGCUGAGCUCUGGUAUUUAAAUGUGAGAUGUUCAGACAUUCGUUACCUGGCAUUGAUUUGAUUUUUGUCCGAUUUUUGAUUUUUUUUUUUUUCAUGUGGCUGGUUCAUCCACUUCCAGGUGUUGUGCAUAAAGCUUUUAAACUACAAAAUAUGUUUUACUUUGGGCAUUACGUUUCCAAAUAAUUGUGGAUAGGGCUGUUUUUUUUCCAACUGUCUUGCUGUCUUUGCUAUGUUAAGACUGCAGGUUUAGUAAACUCAACCUGCCCUUGUCAUAACUAGGUUAUCUAAGGCUCAUUGUUUCAAAGCUAUGGAGCCAAUUGCCACCAGGAAAGAUGAUGCUCUUACAUCUUGAAGCAACUGUACCGUGUCCCAGCUCUUGGUAGUGGUGGAUAUCAGAAAGCUUCUGGCAUAAAAGCAUUGCCUUCUAAUAGCAGACUUGUGCACUGAUUAGAUUUUACCCUGAACAGCUCCUUUAAGGCUUUUCUAAUUGCUGAAUGGCUCCUCACAUCCCUUUUAAGGGAGCCAGAAAAUACCUGUAAAGAGCAUAAAAGGAGCAUUUUUGCUAUAACUAAGUGGGAUGUGCCCACAGGCAGUACCAUGGCCCCAACUGUAAGUGUGGACAGCCUUGAACAACUCUCUUCAGCUAUGUGCAGCAGUUAGCUAUGUUGUUAGAGGGAUUAGCUCUCUUUUUCCCCCCUGCAUUGUAGCACUACUGAGGACUUGUUGCCUAAAGCAGUCAUAUCUACUACUACAGAUACCUGGGCACGUCUUUGCAUUGCCUAGAUCUCUAGAAGUUUAAACUGACAUAUUGAUCUAAGUAUGGAGAGGUGAGUGCAAAGAGUUAAGUUACAGUUCUGCUUUACAAGAACUCAGGCACUUGGAAGAUAGCUAUCAGUGACAGGAGGCAUUAGAUGCCCUUCCUAGGUGUUACUCUUUCAAAAGACGUGUAAUGCCUUUAAAAACAAGAUGCAUAGUCUCUAGAGGUGCUUAAGAAACACAGCUCUGACAGAUCAAUGGGAGUCAUUAAUUUCAGUACACAGACCCUGUGGGUACUACUCUGACUCUUCAGUCCAGUGCAGAGUUUCAUAGAGUUUUAUUUUUCCAUGUCCCAAAACAUUUUUGCUGCUUAGUGAUUCACCAGUGGAGUUCCCCUGUUCAAGUGCCAGCCAGCUCCACUUAUCAGCAUGGCCUAGGCUCAAGAGCUCAGGCUUUUGAUGGCUCCAGCAACUUUAAAGUUAUAUUUCUUGCUUCUGGUGUGAGACAGUCACUCAAUAAAGAUGUAGCUUUUA